AGGGCGUGACAAACUUCGGCCAUAACCCACGGCAUGAUGUUUACGGCAACUAAAUUGCAGACCGCUACCUACUUGUUGGGUGUUUGCCUUUUCUCGAUCUCCUUCCUCGUGUUUUUGAACUCGUCGAUAUCAUUCGUGGUCACGGACCUAAUAAAGCUCCCAACCGGUGAAGGUGAUGCUGUUGGUACGCUUGGCUUCGCGGAUGAGCUGUUGGCUUUGGUGGCUUGUCCCGUAUGGGGAAUGCUGUCGGAUCGGAUUGGAGUCAGAUAUGUAUGCACGGUAGGCUAUCUGAUUAUCGCCCUGGCGCUGGCUCUUUUUGUGCAAGCCAAAAACGUUUACCCCGAGCUCCUGCUAGGCAGGCUUUUGUUCAGCCUCGGUGGGUCGGCAGUAACUACCAUGGUAACUGCUGUUCUUCCAGCUAUGACUGCUCGCAGGAGCCCCUUGGAUGGCACCUCUAUAAUUUCAGAUCAGAGCUCUGUAAUAACUGCGCGCCCUCCCCCGCUGGAUCGCUCCCAAGGGAUUUAUGGCCAUACGUCUCGCCCUUCUAACGCUUCAGAGUUGACUAUAACACCAGUGCUUUAUCAGGCGACAUUUCCAGGUUCAAAAACAUGCGAAAAACGGCCAGAGAAGGAUUCCACCUCAUAUUUGGCAGGCAUCGUUGGAAUGCUUACAGGUUGUGGCGCCGUGGUUGCCUUGCUGGUUUUCCUGCCUCUUCCGGCGUGGUUUGAGAAAUCGGGGCGGUCGCCCACUCAGUCCAUCAAACUGAGCUACUAUGUGGUCGCUCUGCUCUCACUUGUUAUUUCCGCGGUUUGUUUCAUCGGCCUACGAGAUCUGCCUGAUGAUCAAUACACGGAAUGGAGGUCUCCGUUUAGGUACCCUAGAGAGCAUACUUCUGAUGGAUCACACCGUCCUGUGACAGCGACAUCAAGCUCGACUUUGUCGUCAUUUUUUCCUAAAUCAUACAUAUCACAGUUUAACGCAUCAUUCCUGCUCGGCUUUAAACAACCCGGAAUAGGACUCGCAUACUUGGGCGGAUUUGUUGCUCGAGCCUCAACCGUUGGAGUUUCCUUAUUUAUUCCUCUAUAUGUGAACCAAUAUUAUAAGUAUUCUGGACUUUGUGAUAAAGACGUCCCGGGUAGCCCGAGCCACAUGUUAGAAACUGGCCUGGGUGAGAUCAAAAAAUCAUGUCCCAAGGCCUACAUUGUUGCUUCAAUAUUGACGGGUGUCGCGCAACUUACCGCCCUCUGCUUCGCACCAAUCUUUGGUUAUUUCUCAGCAAAAUCAAAACGACACAAUGUUCCCCUUCUCUCCGCUGCUCUAGCCGGAAUAAUUGGCUAUGUUUUCCUAACUCUCCUACCAACCCCCCAGAUACGCGGCCCGGGGGGGAGUCCAGUCAUAUUCGCCGCAAUGGCCUUGGUCGGGAUCAGCCAGAUCGGGUCGAUCGUCUGCAGCCUUGCAGGUCUCAGCGCCCAUGUCCUUGGACCAGACCAUUACCAAGAAGCAAUUUCAUGCCAUCAUGAGCAGGAUGGACGACAAACAAAUUCAACCGACCACGCUGCGUCAGAAACCUUCCUAGGCACCAGAGACCAUGUUUCAGAUGAGGGCUCUGCCCUUCUCCCAAAACCUAUGUCACCACCAUCAGCAAACGACAACAACUUAGUCCACCUCAAGGGUUCGGUUGCCGGAAUGUAUUCGCUAUACGGUGGAGCGGGUAUUCUACUCCUCACAAAAGUUGGAGGUCUCCUCUCAGAUAGAAUUUCUCCAAAAUCACCAUUCUACCUCCUUGCCGGCUUCAAUGGGCUGCUGUUGAUAUUUGGUGUUGUAAUCAGCGUGUUGCAGAGGUGGAAUCACAGGAAGAACACAUAGGCCGAUUUCGUUUUCGAUAUGUUAUUUAGCAACAGGCAGUCCCUUUCCACUUUCGUCCAAAAUGAGCUCAUUUUAUUUUCUGUCUUGCUUACGCGAGAUUUUUUUUCCCUUUGGGUUACAGGUGUUAGGUAAAAUGAGACUAGGGGGUGCUUUCUUUGACUUGGUUUUUGUUUUGUGUUCGUUCCACCACCCCAAUUGUAGCGGUAAAUUCCACCCCCGGCCCCCCCACUGACAUCCCUGUUGACAUAGAUCUACUUCUCUGACGCGGUGGAUGAGGUAGAGUAACCACUAUCGACUACACAUUGCCGGGAGGGGGGGUGCAUGUCUGUCUCACCGCAGGUAGGUGAGGAUAGGUUUCCGAGCGUAGAGACUGUCCUAGUAUUUACGGGACGAAAGGCAAAAUGGGAACAUUCCUUGGUUGUGUUUCAGCGAAAGAAGAAUGAAAGGUAAAAAAAAAGACAAACGAAAUAAGAAAAUGAUAUGAAACGUGAAUUUGACGAAACAGAGGGAAGGCAGGGGAAAUCGUAAAACCAGCCUCCGUUGAUUCCACAUUGAAAGAAUUGAUUGUCCAAGCAGAAGUAGUUAUUUCUCUCAUACAUAUUAAUUACUAAGCAUUCCU